CGCUACUAUGGUUCGCCCACGGUACUGAGGGCCAUGAAAGAUGUGCUGAUGGAGCGCUGCGUUGCCGCAACGCUCAUGCCCGAGGGUGGCUACAUAGUGGUGUACGAGAGCAGCAGUGAUGGGAGCAUUGACAUGCAGCGUUUGUGGGAGAACAAGACGAUUCCCACAACAGAGGCUGCUGCAUGGGUGGACAAUCACCGAGGCUACAAGCGGAUGUUUGACUUCAUCGGAGAAGCUGAGGGCACCGAAGCGCGGAGGGACAUAUCGAUUACCAUUGGUCCCGGAGGAAGUUGGUUCGCAAGGAGGGGACGAGAUGUACUAUACCACAACUUGCCCUUGGCACUCAAGAAGCUGUUCAGACAGCGUGAUAAGGAAGGCAUUGUUCCACUACAUGUGGCACUGGGUGCGCAAAAUAGCUACAUCGUACUGUGGUCUGAUCGCGAAACCUGCAACUGGCGACUAAACGGAUACGGCGAGUUGAGCAAACACCUCGAUGAGGGCGAGAUUCCAGACACAGUUGCGCUCAGCCCGUAUGAUCAAGAUCGGUGGUUCCUCGUACGGAGUAACGGAGCUGUCCUCUGGAGCCUGCACUUCAACGGCAAUGAGGUGAAGGAUAUUGCGCGCGAAGCACGAGCGUAUAUGCAGCGACGGGCCCGGCAGGACGGAUCGACAUUCGAGAUGCAUAGCACACUCAAUGAUGGCCAGGGUCCGAAAGUGCCGUACACCAUCACCCCAGACACGCACUUCGACACAGACGACUCGAAGUCCGAGUCAUUAGUGAGGGCGGCGAAACGGAGGGAGUGGCUGCCUGCUAGGAUACUUGCGGCGCUUGGUGCGAACUUAGAGUCGUCGUCGUCUGCUUCAUAUCACCAAAAGCUUGCUGAUCGACACAAUCUGAUCGCUCUUAGCGCAGCAGGAGCGGCAGGAGCACUUAUCGCAACCACCGCAGCCCUCCCGCCAGCGCGGCGUCUCGCGGUAUCAGCGAUCGGUUUGGGUACAGGCAGUGCUGCGUUGAGCUGGAUGAGGACCCGCGCAGCACCUGGAGUUGCUGUCUUCGCAACUGGAACACUGUGCUUCAUUGCUGGCCGUUACUUGUCGUCCAACGCAUGCAAGGAGUGACGCCACUAUUCGAAGCAGGUAGAACGUGUCGACAUCCCCACCACGAGUCCGACAUGAUUUGGGUUCGUGACGCAUGUGAAGCUUGCGGAGCACUCUCAACUGCGUACGGUGUCUGGGACGCUUGCUUUGGAUCUUCAGACA